CUAUAACCGCGAAAAUCGAAGUUCGUCAAUUGCGGGCAUUUUUCUUUUUUUAAAAGAGAAAGAUCCCCACAAUUAGCGAAUUUCGGUUUUCGCGGUAGGCCCGCUGAUUGUAGUCUACAUAGUACAUAGCAUACAGCAAGAGCGCUUCUGCGUAGUAUUAUUUAGAGAUGAAGAUAACUAAAUUUAGAUAUUGCGAUGUUUGCAGUAAACCCCUAUUAUAUGCAACAUUUAGAUUCCAAUAAGUACCUGCAUACUUUUGAAAUAUUAAAUUUAACUUAGUUAUCGCAGCAGGGCCGUGAGUAUUAGGUUUAAAACCGUCAAGCCAAAAAAAUCAAAAUCAUGUAGUGUAAUAAUACGGAUACAAAAAUAAUUACAAAGAAUUAAUUGCAUGGUUUUUAUGAUAAACUUAAAUAUAUAUUUAGAUCUAAUAAAUAAAAGGAAUGUGAAUAAAAAUGAGGUUAGAGUGAAAAAUCUUUGCGUUUACAUUGCUGCCAACCGUAAUCUUUUGUUUGAUAAAAACUUGGGGUUGGCGGGGCGGGGAUGUCCAACUUGGAAAUUACCAUAACGGAGUUUACGGAGUUAUUUGAAUACUUAUUGUACCUCUAUGUUUGGUUAGAAACUAUUUGGAAAGUAAAAAUGUAAAAAAGAUUUAAGUUUAGUCCCUAUGAAAAGUUUUUAAAUCAAAAUUAUUUCUGAAGAAAACUUUCUGUAACAGCUUGAAAUGAGCGUUGGUGUUGUAGAGUCCGACUCGGGCGACUGUUUAACCGACUCGAACUCCGAAGACUAUACAGACACGAGUACUGAUGGUUCAAACUCUAGUUGUAGCAGUGAUGUCGAAUCAAAUCAGAAUGGCCCCUCCUAUACCAAGCAAUCCAGAAAAAAGGUAACAUUAAGUAUGCAAGAUAUUUUGAGAGAAAUGGUUAGGAAAAGGAUGCUACUGGGUGAACAGGAGAUGGUAUUAACUUAUGCAGUUCAGGAUGUUGAUAAUGAUUAUGAAAAAAAUACAGUUUUAGAUGUCCUUGACCAUCCUACAGACAACCUGAAAUUAUUUGCUAGUUUUUUACAUUCCUAUUCGCCUGAUGCUUAUCAAUAUAUUAGAGAAAAUUAUAAUACACCCCUGCCCAGCAUCAAAGUGUUAGGUAGUUGGCUUGAAAAUGACAAGUUUAACCCAGGAUUUACCAAACAAGCUUUUGAAAUAUUGGAAAAAAGAGGUGUCCAGAAUGGCAAGAGACAAAUUUUCUCACUUGUGGCUGAUCAUCUCCAAAUGUUUGUCCGAAAUCGAUCUGUGAAUGUUGAUGUGGGCGCUGGCCAUUUAGAUGGUGAUUUUGAUGAUGAAACUGAAGGAAGGGAAGCAUAUGUAAUAUUGAUUGUAAGUCUAGAGGAAAACUGGAAAAUUCCUGUGUGCUAUUUAAUGUCUGAUAAUAGUUUGAACUCUAGGGCCAAGGCAAAUUUUAUCAUGAUGUGUUUGCACCGCAGUCAUGAGGUUGGUGUUGAUAUUGUGUCCAUUACAACAACUACAAGUGUAGCAAAAGCCCUAGGUGGUCAGCUUGAUAGUCAUAGGAAAUUGAAAACCACCUUCAAACAUCCAGUAUCAGGAGAUCCAGUAACUUUGUUUGUCGACCCAACCCUGAGUCUUAGAAGCCUUUAUCAGACAAUUUGUUCAAAAAAAGUUUUUUUUAAUGGACAAAAGGGAAAAAUAUGUCAAAACUUCAUUGAACAGCUGGGUAAAAUUCUUUCAAAAAAAACAUUCCAGUUUAAUUUCUCAACUGACAUGCUAGACUUGAGGAAUAUGCUUUUAAAGAUUGACCUCAUCUCUGAACUGAUGUUACCGAGUCUAGGCACUGCACUAGAAAUUUGCAAAAAUAGAUUGAAGCUCCCAAAUUUUGCAGACUCUGGCCCAACGAUAGAAUACAUCACCAUGAUCAACACUUUGUAUUACAUUUUGUUUUCAAAAGUUGGUCAAUCUGGCUAUAAACAACCUAUUUCUCAAGAAAAUGGGAAGGAAAUUAUUGAGUUUCUGGAUGAGUCCAAGAAAUACAUUUCUUCACUUAGCUAUGAAAAACAAGGAAUAGGAAAGCAGCUUGCUGUGGAAGACCCUCAUUUUAUUGCAGAAGGAUUUAAAGGCUUGCUGAUUAGCAUUGAAAGCCUGAAACAUUUAUACAACAAUUUUGUGGCAAAAGGGAUUAUAAACUGCAUUCCUAGUAAUUGGCUCAGCUGGGAUCAAAUGGAUGAAUUCUUUGCAAUUAUUCGCAAACUCAAUCCUCGUGAGGAUGCCAGUAAAUUCCAAAAAAUAUAUACGAGAUUCUUUGAUGAUUUGAAGUCUAGUAUAACAGGCUGUAUUCAAAUAGAGAGCGCCCCAGCAAACCUUUCAAAAACCCUUAAGGUAUCUCUGGAUGCCAUAAAAAAAUCCAGUGGCAAACACGCUUUCGACGAAAGUUAUUCAGUUGUUAAAGAAAAGCGACGCAAAACUGAAGACGACCAGAGAGCGUUCGUGAAUACUACCAAAUUUGUUAAACUUCUGGAUAAGGGACAUGACAAAAUGGAGAAAUACCAAAUGAUUGGCUACAUAGCUGGUUAUAUGGCGGUUGAGUUAGCAAAAUACCUGAGAUGCGAAGAAUGCAUAGAUGGAUUGGUCACGAAUGAAAAACUUUGGUUCCAUAAGAACAUAACUUCAAAAGAGUUAAAGGGGGUAUGCCUGCCAAGUGAAGAGCUGUUUAGAAUCUGUUGGGAAUGUGAACGAUCAUUAUGUAUUAAAAUGAACACCACAGUGCAGCGGCGUCUCUUUUCUCGUGCACUUAGCCUGCCACCGGCAACUCAUCGUAUCCACCAUGUCUACUUGACGAAAGCCGUCAUGGCCAAGUACUUGCAUUUCCGUCGUGGCCAAGACGAACCGCGCAAGACAAGGUCGGCAGGACUCUGCAACAAUCUUUUGAAUAUAUGAUGGCGAAUGUAGUGUAAAAGUGAUGAUACUGAUGAUUAGGUUAUGCACAAACUGGUUUUUGAUAAUAAUGAUAAUGCAUAAGGUACCGCCUACAGUCAAAUUUGCACAUUCAUGCAUUAUGAUAAAGUUUUAUUUAUUGUAUUUUGGACAUGCUAUAGUUUUAGUUUCGUCUCUUUUAUUUGUUUCUACCUGACACUAAAUAGAUUGUGACUGUUGAAGUAGAUGGCGCUGUAUGGCACUAUAUAGUCCAAAUUAAUUGUCCAGUACUUUUGGAACAUGGUUAAUGAAAUAAUGAAUGUAUAGACAUUUAGUAUGGACAGUUAGUGUUGCCAUCUAUAUGAUCUGCAACAAAACUGUUUUUAUUAUUUACUUGUCUUUGAUUCGUAAUGUACUAAUUAUUUAAGUUGACAACUAGUACAAGUCCUUACCAAAAUUGUUACAAGGUAGGUAGGUAAUUGAUAAAAUAGUAAGUAUGAAAUUCGUCUGAACUGAACCCGCAUGGAUUUACUCUUUAAUAAAUGGGUCAUUUUAUUCAUAGUUAUACUUACACUUAUUAUACUUUUUUUAGAUAUAUGAAUUUCUCAGAAUCAGCGAGCUCUUUCUAUCAUAAUAGGAGAAAAAAGUGUCCCAAGGUUUUUGUUUCCAUUCUGUUCCCUUUUUUCAUAGACUUUGUAUGGCGGCAACGGAAUGGAAAAAUAUCAAAAAAAUUAUGUAAAUUUUGAACACUUUUUUUAUCCUAUUAGGAUUGAGAAAGCUCGUGAUUAUGAGUAGAAAUAAUAUAAAAAAUACUAAUUUGAAAAAAAAAAGCGUAGUGUAUAAUAUAACUUUAAAUAAAAUUACCCAAAUCUCUCAUAUGGAUACUCGACACGAUUGUUGAAAUCGAAACAAGACAGAAUUACAAAACAUGGGCCAUUAUACUUUUCGUUGUACAUACGUUUUUGUAAUUUUUACGUAAAAUGAAUAUUUUAGAAUAUGUGGACAUUACUUUAAUUUUGUUUUAUGAUGAAGAAAGACGCUUCCUAUGCCAAUAGCUUUGUUCAAUAAAUAACUACUGUAAAUAUUCUUAAUCACAGUAAUUCAGUGGUCCUUGAUUGUCUUAGUUACCUAUGUAUGAAAAUAAGGCAUUUACCAUUGCAGUGCCAUCUUUUUACAUUAAUCAAUAUGAAUAUUGAAUAUAUAUGUAUGAUAUGAAUUUUGGUGAACAAAUUCCUGUGAUUUGCUUCGGGUACAAUCUGGGAAUACAAUUUUUAAACACGAAUUCAAUAUCUAUCAUACUUUUUAAAAGGGCGAUAGAUUAAUUAAAAAAAAAAAAAAAAACCAUCCCGUCUUCGUUAACUGAUUAGAACUAAGAUUUAAAGGCACUUCAGGGGGCCAAGUCUGCUAUUUCCAUAUAUAAUUUAUGUUUAUCUUAGCGUUUCGCUUCGUUUUGAUUCCGCAAACGAUUGUUAUCUGGGUUAAGCCGCCA